AUGAAUCUUAGAAUCUCAGAAUCUCAGAAUCUCAGAAUCUCAGAAUCUCAGAAUCUCAGAAUCUCAGAAUCUCAGAAUCUCAGAAUCUCAGAAUCUCAGAAUCUCAGAAUCUCAGAAUCUCAGAAUCUCAGAAUCUCAGAAUCUCAGAAUCUCAGAAUCUCAGAAUCUCAGAAUCUCAGAAUCUCAGAAUCUCAGAAUCUCAGAAUCUCAGAAUCUCAGAAUCUCAGAAUCUCAGAAUCUCAGAAUCUCAGAAUCUCAGAAUCUCAGAAUCUCAGAAUCUCAGAAUCUCAGAAUCUCAGAAUCUCAGAAUCUCAGAAUCUCAGAAUCUCAGAAUCUCAGAAUCUCAGAAUCUCAGAAUCUCAGAAUCUCAGAAUCUCAGAAUCUCAGAAUCUCAGAAUCUCAGAAUCUCAGAAUCUUAGAAUCUUAGAAUCUCAGAAUCUCAGAAUCUCAGAAUCUCAGAAUCUCAGAAUCUCAGAAUCUCAGAAUCUCAGAAUCUCAGAAUCUCAGAAUCUCAGAAUCUCAGAAUCUCAGAAUCUCAGAAUCUCAGAAUCUCAGAAUCUCAGAAUCACAGAAUCUCAGAAUCUUAGAAUCUCAGAAUCUCAGAAUCUCAGAAUCUCAGAAUCUCAGAAUCUCAGAAUCUCAGAAUCUCAGAAUCUCAGAAUCUCAGAAUCUCAGAAUCUCAGAAUCUUAGAAUCUCAGAAUCUCAGAAUCUCAGAAUCUCAGAAUCUCAGAAUCUUAGAAUCUCAGAAUCUCAGAAUCUCAGAAUCUCAGAAUCUUAGAAUCUUAGAAUCUCAGAAUCUCAGAAUCUCAGAAUCUCAGAAUCUCAGAAUCUCAGAAUCUCAGAAUCUCAGAAUCUCAGAAUCUCAGAAUCUCAGAAUCUCAGAAUCUCAGAAUCUCAGAAUCUCAGAAUCUCAGAAUCUCAGAAUCUCAGAAUCUCAGAAUCUCAGAAUCUCAGAAUCUCAGAAUCUCAGAAUCUCAGAAUCUCAGAAUCUCAGAAUCUCAGAAUCUCAGAAUCUCAGAAUCUCAGAAUCUCAGAAUCUCAGAAUCUCAGAAUCUCAGAAUCUCAGAAUCUCAGAAUCUCAGAAUCUCAGAAUCUCAGAAUCUCAGAAUCACAGAAUCUCAGAAUCUUAG